AUUUGCAUCAUUAUCAAUAUCAGAUCCAUUAUUAUACUUCCUAUUUUGAACUGAAAAUACUAUCCCUGGACUCGCCUGCUGAUUGACAGGUUUGUCAUACUCUGAUGUAAGUAUAAGCCACACCCCCUCACAUAAAAAAGCACAUUGAUUUCCUCAUAUUAAUUUCCUCUCUGUUUCUAGUCUGAUUCAGUGCAGCAAUGGUUGGUUUAAUAAUUUCAGUGCUGAUGAUCUGUGGCAUGGGCUCGUUUACAGCUGUUAAAUCAUCUCAGAUAGUCAAUUUGUCAGCUCAACCAGGAGAGAACGUCACUAUUUGGUGUCAGCACACCACAGGAACGGGAAAGAACAUGCACUGGUUCAAGCAAACAAACAGUUCUGUACCUAUUGCCAUUGUAUACAUGAUGAUAACCUACGAGUUUAAGGAAAUACACAAAGGUUAUUUUAAUGAUUUUCAACAAGAUCAUAUUCUGAUGACUCUGGAUAUCAAAAACACCUCCCUGAUCAUUUUGAAUGUGGAUGUUUCUGAUUCUGGUCUGUACUUCUGUGGUUGGGACAACUGGGUGAUGACAUUUGGUAAUGGAACAAAUCUAGACAUCAAAGAGAGGAGUGUUACACCACUGCAAAAUGAAACAGAAAUAACAAAUAAAGAGAGGAGAGUUACACCACUGCAAAAUGAAACAGAAAUAACAAAUAAAGAUCUCAAGAGGAGCCCGAUUACUACAAGAGACUGUUCUGAAAACAUCUUUUAUAACCUGACCUUUAUUUUUGGGGGUAUUAUUUUAAUACUCAUCAUCAUUCCAAUCACCACGCUCAUUAUUAAGAUACAAAACAGAAACACGCAGGAAAAAGAUGCUGAGCGUCAUGUAACACAACAUCAUGAGGAGCCUCAUUCACCAGUCUAUGCUGCUCUACAGUUCUCAAAACACCAGAAAAAAACCAGAAGAGCAGCCAGAAAUACAGAGGAUACAGAUGUUGUGUAUUCUGCUACUAGAUAGUCCAACAAUGGCACAAGGUCAAAUAUUGUAGCCUACUGUAAUGUUUAAAAGCCAUAUGUUCAUAAAGACUCUAAUAUUGAAACACUAUUACUAAUGCCAUACAUUUAAAGUGUAUGUAAGCGCUGCAAUGUUUAGUAUUUUCGAUGCAAAAGAUUUUGUGAAGAUCAAAUGUAUUUGAAAGUUCUAAGAAGUUUCAUUUAGAUCUGUGUAUAUUUCCUGUCAUUAAAAUAAAAGCAGGCCCUUUCUCAAGAGAAGGGGGUUGUGAAUGAUAUCAUUUCCCUGACACGAAGAAGCUGUUCAGUGUAGAAUGAGACGUGCUGAAGGGAACUUCAGCAGUCCAGAUUACAAAGCUGAAAAUAUACACACUGAAAUAACAUGCAAAUUAUUAAAAUGAUUAGUCAACAAUUUAGUACUGAGAAGUAGCCUGAUCAUUAUGAAUAUUGAUAUUGCUCAUGACAAUUUAAAGAAAAUGUUAAUAAAACAAUGUUUAAAAUUGAUUAAAUGUGUGUGAACUAUGUUUAAAAAAAUCACAUAAGGGCUUUCUUAAAUGUCUGUGUGCCAGUGUGUGACCUGUUAGCACCAGAGCAUCACACUUUGACAGUUUUCCACCAACCAGUCUGCCCCCAGCUCAUCACUCACAGUCCUCACUGCAGCUCAACCACACAAACACCACACUACAUGCAUUUCACACUACUUUCCAUAACCACAGACAAUAUACCCCUUGUUUUUAAGUGAGGUGACAAGUCACAGAUGACAAUAACUUGAAUAAAAUAUUAAUAAUAAUAAUAAAACAAAGUACAUGUUAAAUAUUUAUCCUUAAACAAUCAACAAUUAUGCCUAAACUUGCACACCUGAAGGUAACGGAUAGGUGCACAGGGAGAAAAAUAAAUGAAUUCAAAUUUACAACUAAAAGAAGAAAAAUAAAUCCUGCACACUAUCCUCACUUGCAAAUAUAUAAUAAAAAUUAAAUUGAAUCAUAUACAACGAAACGAAACGAAACAGAAAUAUCAGAAAUUACAAUUCAGAGAUUCCCAUAUUUGUCAUGCUUAAUGUGUGUGUGUGUGUGUGUGUGUGUGUGUGU